AUGUCAAAGGAAGUUCUGUAUUGCGUGAAGCAACUUCAAUUCGAACACAUUGAAGAAUACUGGACGUCGUUCUGGCAACCCGAGGACGAUCUGGAAGACGAAGAGUGGCCAACUGACUACCCACUGUUCGACGAUGCUCUGCCACCUCUUCCACCAAUGUCUCUCAAUCAGCAGUACAUCAUCUCAAAUAGGCAAUCAGAGCAAAUCUAUGACCAGAAGUUCACCCAACAACGUUCCAUCGACAACAGGCAAGUACCAUCGAUGGGAAAUGAUAUGCUCGAAAUUGAUGCGAAAUCUAUGCUGAUCUAA